GCUCAAGUGCCUGAGGGUUGGAGUGCAGUGCCGUCCGGCGCUGCAGGGUGGCUGAGUGUUUCCACAAAGGAUGGAAAAGCCUUGCUACGGCCGUUGCCAGCAAAGCACCCAGAGGAGAGCCACCCCUCCGAGGUUUCGGUGCCAGGGGCGGAGGCGAAUCGCGCCACUGCUGCGGCCCCGGAAGCCACGGAGAUCAUAGAAAGUGCCGACAGCUCUGCCAGACCCGUCGCCGCGAAGGAGACGGAAGAAGGCCCGGCAGGUGAGGGGCCGCCACUCGAGACGGCGGAAGCACCUGCGGCGCCCGCAGGCGAUCCAGAGCCUUCACCUACCCCCCAGGCUGCAGGAGAUCCCGACCCCGUUGAAUCGGUUGCGCCGGUCGUGGCAGCCUUUGCGGCGCCUCCAGAAGCAAUGGCCGCGGAAGCCCCGUCCAGCACGGAGGCAGUGGACCAGGCUCUCGGAAGCCCUCGCGAGGAUGUGCAGAUGUCAAAGGAAGUGGCAGGAGGGUCGGUGACCGUCAGCACUGAUGCAUGGCUCGCGCUGCGUCAUGAAAGGUCGCAGCGCGAGCGGCAGAUCAAGGCUUUGCAGGCGCAGGUUGCGUCGGGCCAGAAGGAGCUCCAGAAGCUCGAU